AUGAAUCAAGAUGCAGACAGCAAACGGCGCAAUUCACAAAGUUGGCAAUCGUCGCAUUCGAGUAAUCCCAGUCUAAGUUUUCUGCCGACGGAAAUAGCCUCGCAUUUACCAACGACGAGCAGCGCACUCGACUAUCUCGACCUGCAUGGGACGGUGGAGGCGGUGUGGAGUGCCGGCGAGCGACUCCAGCGGGGUUUCUACGAAAUGGAGGACAGAGUGAGGCAGUUGAUCGACACCAACGCGACGUCGAAGCGUUCUCUCGAGAUGGGGCGCGAGCUUCUGCGAAUGAUAAGCGAAUUGCGCAGUAUGGAUACAGAGAAACUUCACCGUCAGCUCCCCUCGGUGCAUCUGCAGGUGCAGAUGGAGGCAGUGAGCGAGCGACUGAAAUCGGUGAUAGCGGCAUCCGCUUCUGCGUCUGCUUCUACAUCCACCUUUACUGCGGAACAAGCCGCGGUGGUGCUGGAGAAGUGGGACGAGAUCCGUCGGCUCGUCGAGGCUGAGGUACAUACUAAAGCGCAGAUGGUCGAGCACGGCUUCGACUCGGCACGCACAGCUAUCGAGUGGGCCUUAGCGCGCGCGCAGAAUGGUGCACGUCUUAUCCAGUUCAGUGAGCUGCCCGAUGCGUGGAAGAACAACGAACAUAUACUCACUGGAUACCGAUUCAUACCGAUACACAACAACAAGAGCGAGUUAUUCCGAUCUGCAUUUACAUGGCACAACGAGACGGUUAACGUACAGACGCACCUGUGGGCUGCUGUUGGAGUGGCUCUGCUUUUCGCCUAUCACAUCGCUGCGCCUCAUCCUGCGUGGGUGGCACACGACAGCACGUGGUCUGACAAUUUGGUGAUGAUGGGUUUUCUCCUCGCCGCGCUAAAGUGCUUGGUGUUCUCCAGUCUGUGGCACAUCCACGCUGGGUGUGCAGAUAAGCGCAUCUUCGAACACUACGCAUGUGUUGACUACGUCGGUAUCAGUUCGCUCAUCACAGCGAGUGUGACGGGCGUGACGUACUACGGGCUAUACUGUGACGACGUGACACGCAACACACUCCUCACCUUCAUCAUCUCCAAUGCCAUAGCAGGCAGCUACCUCCCUUUCACCGAGUCGUUCAACAGGAAGGAGAGCCGCGGGUAUAGGAUUGGGUUCUUCGUGUAUAUGGCCAUUUGCGGUGCAGCGCCUAUACUGGCUAUGGUUCACUAUCAUAGUCUCGCUAACACCCUUUCCUUCCUCGCACCCCUUAUACCGUCCCUCCUCUUUUACGUCGUAGGGCUCGUCGUUUACGCCCUCCAGAUACCUGAGUGCCUCGCACCCGGCCGCUUCGAUUUCGCUUUCGCGAGCCAUAAUGCUUGGCAUAUCGCCGUCGCUGCUGCUAUCUUUUUGCAUUACAGAGCUAUUGUGAGCAUGCACGCGUCGCGAUAUCUCUUUGCAUCGUCGUAA